AUGGCACGUGCAUCGGUUAUCGGACCAAAUUUAACACGAACAUCGACAAUGAUUGAUAACACAUUACCAUUUACAUGUACUAUUGAACAAGCUCAAAUUAGCGAGGGUCAUGGUGAAUAUACAAUUCGUGUUUCACGUUGUUCAAAUGAUACAACAUUAUCUUGGGUUACAAAAAAACGAUUUAAAGAUUUUGUUGAUUUAGAUACAACAUUAAAAGAAUUUAAUUAUGAUUUUAAAUUACCACCAAAAAAAAUAUUUGGUAAUACAGACAGACAUUUUAUUGCUGAAAGACAAAAAGGUUUACAGUUAUUUCUCGAUUCAUUAGUUGAACAAUUAGAAUUAACGAGUUUAUUAUUUAUUCAACGAUUUCUCGAUCCUGAUAAUCAUACAUUAAACUAUUCGGAAUUUGCUCUACAACAUGUUUCAAUGUUUUUGAGGUCGACUGAUAAUGAAUUUCAAGUUAUUGAACCAUUAAAUGAUAUUGGAUGGCGAUACAAUAAACAAUAUUUUCUUGCCCAAAAAAAAUCAGCUGGAAAAGAUGAACGUUUUCUCUUGUCAUGGUGUAAUUAUGGACUUGAUAAAGCAUUAAAUGACAAAGACAUCAGUAGUUGCUUAAAACUAUUGAAAGGACUAAAGCAUCCAUUUAUUUCUCCAAUUGAAGAAGUGUAUGCCAAUGAGAGUGGAACGUUAACAGUGUACAAAUAUUAUCAAAAAGGAACAAUAAAGGAUUAUAUUCAUCAGACUAAACCAAAUGUGACUUAUUUGAAAAAAUACAGUAAAUAUAAUUCAAAAACAUGUAAAACAUUUGAAUUAAAUGAUAUAAAAAUUUAUGGCAAACAAAUAUUAGAAACAUUAAAUUUCAUUUAUGAUAAUAAUAUGUGUUAUGGUCAAUUGACUAGUGGAAAUGUUGCAUUGAAUGAAGAUGAAAAAUUAAUACAAUUACUUGAUAUUUCCAAUGUGAUAACUGGUGUUUCUUCCAAAUAUCGCGGUUAUUUCUUAAAUAUAAAACAAAUUCAAUCACCAGAACAAUGUGAUGUCUAUUCAUUUGGACGUUUAUUGUAUGAAAUGGCGAUAGGAGAAGAAUGUCCAUCAUCAAUAUGUGAUCAAUUUCCACUUACAAUUCAUUCAUCUAUUCAACAAAUAUUAAGUAAAUUAUUAUCAACUAAUGGUGUUCAAAAUUUGCCAACAAUUCAUCAAUUACUGCAAGAAUCAUUUUUCAAUGUACCAUUGCCAAACGGUUUUAAUCGUUCACAAUUAACAUUGAGCUCAAAAGCAAAAGAGGCAUUUGAACAAAUUCGACGUACAACACAAAGUCGACUCGAAGCUGAUCAAAUAAGAUUGAUGGCUGCUUUAAAACGAACAAUGAUAACAAAUCAUUUACAAUCAGAUGAAGAAAAACGUCGAAGACGAAAAGAAAAACAAGCAAAAGCACUCGAACAACGUCAAGAUUCAUUCAAUAGUAGAACAACAGAAAAACAUUCAAAUUUGUUAGGCCGAUCAGUCAGCGUUGAUCCCAUUCAACUAUCAAGUACAAAUUCUCGACCUUCUACUCCUAUUUCGUUUAUCGACAAAAGACAAGAUGAAUCGGGAAAUAAAAUUCCUAGCGCUCCACCAAUGGCACCGCCUCUAUUAAAUACCACAAAUGUUUCCGUAAAUUCACCACCACCACCACCUCCUCCUCCUCCACCACCACCAAUGAAUCCGAUGGCAACUGGCGCAGGUGAUGAUCGAACGAAAUUACUAACUGAUAUUUCCGGCUUUUCUAAAGUAAAAUUAAAAGCGGCAAAAACAAAUGAUCGUAGUGCACCAAAAGUUAAAUAA